AUGGCUCUGCACCUCCUGUGGCUGGGACUCAUCCUGCUGGGGGCCCUGCAGACCCAGGCCCAGGACUCCUCUUCAAGGCCAUCUCUGAGCAUGGUCCCCUUGCAGGCUGACUUUCAGGAAGACAAGUUCCAGGGGAAGUGGUAUGUUAUAGGUGUGGCGGAGAACACAAUUCAGAAUGGAAGCCAAAGACAGCUUAAAAUGUACAGUGUCACCUAUGAGCUGAAAGAUGAUCACAGCUACAACGUAACCACCACACUGCUCAGGGGCAAGUUUUGCGACUACUGGAUCAGAACUGUUGUCCCCAGUGUCCAUCCUGGCCAGUUCACCCUGGGCAAUAUUACUCUUUACGUUGGAACGCAGAGCUACACCAUGAGAGUGGUCAACACCAACUACGAUGAGGUAGCCAUCGUGUUCUUUGAGAAGAUAUUCAGAAACACAGUGUACUUCAAGAUCACCCUCUACGGGAGAACCAAGGAGCUGAGCCCUGAACUGAAGAAUUACUUUGUCCACUUUGCAAAGUAUCUGGGCUUCACUGAUGACAACAUCCUGUUUACUGCCCCCAACGGUAAUGGCCGCCUGGGAGAGAGGAAGGGCAUGUGGGAUUCUCCAGGUCUGAUGAUGCCUCACCGGGGAAAGGGGACAGGAGAGACUCAGGCCCCUACUCCCAUCACUGGGAAGUUCGUGGUGAAAAUCUGGGGUGCCUCCGAUCUGAAGAGACCCCUGUUCUUCCUGUCACCAAGGUGCCACCUGGCUGCCCCAGCAGCCACAACGCCAGUGGGAGAGCUGGAAGACUCAACUUACAGUGCACUGUUCUACACCGAUCACCCCCAAUUCCAGCCACCCCGUGGAACCCCAUUUUCUACUAAAUAA